AUGAGUCCCUUAAAGCAACACAUAGUGCCUCCGAAAGUCGAAGCAAGGUCUUUCCUCACUAUAACCAAUUCAGAGUUUGUGGCAGAUGCGAAAACUUCACAAGAGUUAAAUGCUAUGGUUGUGAAAACAAUGGUACCUGCGGCCAAGGAGAACACAGUUACACCAAUCCCUCAGAAAAUUCAACCAUUGUUGGAGGAAUUCCAAGAGCUUACUGCUGACAAGUUGCCAGAUGAACUUCCACCCAUAAGGGACAUUCAACAUCAGAUUAAUUUCAUACCAGAAGCAAGUUUGCCAAACCUAUCACACUAUAGAAUGAGUCCAAAAGAGAGUGAGAUCCGGCGAGAGAAAGUCAAAGAAUUACUGCGAAAGGGACAUAUUCGUGAAAGCCUAAAUCCAUGUGCUAUUCCAGCAUUAUUAACGCCAAAGAAAGAUGGAAGUUGGCGAAUGUGUAUAGGCAGCCGAGCCAUUAACAAGAUUACCAUCAAGUAUAGAUUUCUCAUUCCCCGACUAGAUGAUAUGUUGGACAUGCUGGAAUCAGUGGUUUUCAAAGAUCAAUCUGCGAACACCUUUAUGCGAGUUAUGCAUCAGGUAUUACGACUUUUCACUGGGAAAUUUGUCGUGAUUUAUUUUGAUGACAUCUUAAUCUACAGUAAAUCAGAGGAGGACUACAUGGCCCAUUUACGGGAGGUGUUGACAGCACUGGAGGUAGAGCGUGAUGUUAAUGGUGUGGACAUUAGGGCUGUCCUAUCUCAAGAACAUAAACCAGUGGCCUUUUUCAGCGAAAAAUUAAGUGAAGCUCGGCAAAAGUGGAGCACUAAUGACCAAGAAUUUUAUGCAGUGGUUCGAGCUUUGAAGCAUUGGGAACAUUACCUGAUACAGAGAGAGUUUGUGUUGUAUACUGAUCAUCAAGCCUUAAAGUUUAUCAACAGCCAGAAGCACCUGGAUAACAUGCAUGUAAGAUGGUCUACUUUCCUUCGGAAAUUUCCUUUUACUAUUCGCCACAAAUCAGGGGUUUUGAAUCGAGUUGCGGAUGCCUUGAGUCGACGGGCUAGUUUAUUAGUCACGUUGACACAUGAGAUUGUGGAGUUUGAGUUCCUAAAAGAACUUUAUCCUGAUGAUGAUGGCUUCAAGGAGAUAUGGGCAAAGUGUAUUCAAAGGCAACCAGUCACUGAUUUCCACAUCACUGAUGCCUAUCUAUUUCGAAGAAAUCGCUUAUGCAUUCCCCGUACCUCUUUGUGA